UACCCUUCUAUGUGACCGCAAGGUAUGUGAACAAAUGUAGGUUUGCACUAUUAUGCAGGCAAACCCACAUCUAGAAAACAUGCGUUAACCUUAAAAUAGGAUACAUGUUGACAUUAACCGUGGCCAUAUUAUAUAAAAACACAAGUUAACCAUUUUGAAAAUUACACACUCUAAUACUCAACAAGUUUUCUCCUUUGGCUCUUGAAGAUCGCCGUCACCAAUGUCGAGAGGAUUAUCUUCUCUCUGAUAAACUUUACUUCAUUUAUUCUUCCGACGCUUUCUUGCGCUAUCACCAUUUGAUAAAAGAAGAUAUAUAUUGACUAUAUUUCUUGUUAAUAGCAGCCUUAAUUUUUUAGACUUUUUCUUUUCUUGGGAAUGUAUAUGUACAUAUAUUAUAAUAUGAUGUAUGAUAAAAGCAUCUGUGUAUAUCUAUAUAAAGGCAUAGAACGGUAGGCCAAGACAAGGGUGCAUUAAUUUAUUAAGCUUGAGGAGGCAAAGGAAUAUGCAGAAAAUGAAGGUUGAAGUUGUCUCAAGAAAAACCGUCAAACCCUCCAUUCCCACACCUCACCAUCUCAGAACAUUCAAUCUUUCUGUUUUGGAUCAAGACGUUCUUGCCCUUCAUUAUGGCUCUGUCAUGUUUUUCUAUCCCUCAGACGGUGACGUUUCGAAUGUUUCACAAAAGUCCGAGUCCCUCAAAAACUCCUUGUCCAAAAUCCUACUCUAUUUCUACCCACUUGCUGGUCAGCUCAAAGAUGCUGUAACUAUCGAGUGCAAUGAUGAAGGGGCUUGUUUUAUAGAAGCUAAAUCCGGGUGCCAACUCAAGGAUUUGCUUGCUGAUCCGGAUACUGAGCUGCUUAAGUCGUUGGUCCCAUCGAUUGAUCCUAAAGCCAUCCGUUCGACUUUGGCCUGCAACUUGCUCGUUCAACUCACCAGCUUCACAUGUGGUGGAACGGCAGUUGCGGUCUCGGUGUCACAAAAAUUCGCCGACACUUCGUCUUUUUGUACCUUCAUACGGAGCUGGACUGCCAUGAGCGGUCAUGAAUAUGGCAGAGUGGAGUUACCGAAACUAGUUGGGGCUUCGUUGCUACCACCUUUGGAUACAACACUCAUAUCCAUUCCUCCGCCCACGACUCGAAAUUGCACGUCGAAGAGGUUCUUGUUUCACGGACCACAAAUCACAAACCUCAAACUCAAAGUUGCUGCUGCCAUGGGGCAUCAGCAGCACAAUAUCACCGACGCGGAAAUCGUGCUGGCACUCAUACUGAAAUGCGCGGCUGCCGCUGCCUAUUCUCAUGGAUCAUCCUCUCGGUCUCGGCAAUCCGCGUUGCUAAACGUGGUGAACUUGCGGAAAAGAAUGGUUCCACCAUUACCAGGAAACACAAUAGGGAACUUGAUUCUGAAAUACGCAGUGAUGUUCGAUGAGGACGAUGUGGAACUCCAUCAACUGGUUUCCAAAAUGAAGAACGAGUUCACCAAUGUUUGCAAUGAGAAGGUGAAGGGAAUCAAAAGCAAGAAAGGGUACAAAGAAAUUCGAGAGAGUCGUAAACAGAUUGCUCAGCUCUUGAAUGGCAAAGUCAAAGACAUCAACAGCACCUAUACUUGUACCAACUUAUGCGGCUAUCCAUUUCAUGAGAUGGAUUUUGGGUGGGGAAAGCCGAUAUGGGUGACGAGUCCGAGUAAUUUCAAGAACAUGAUAGUGUUGCUAGAUUCGAAAUGGGGAGGCAUAGAAGCUUGGGUGACAUUGGAUGAAGUAGAAAUGGCCAUGUUCGAGCGUAACAAUGAGUUAUUGGCAGUUGCUUCGUUAAAUCCUAGUGCCCUUAUAAAUUACAGCCGCAUCUGAUCGAGCAAUAGAGAUUGUCGCAUUGUGAUUUACGGGCGUAAAACCUUGAUGCCUUUGGUCACAAGGAAAAGUUUUUUUUAUUAGUGUUAAAAUAGAUUGUUAUAACGUAAAGAAUAAUUAAGGUAUAAUAACAAAAUUUGCUCCUGUACUUUAACGAAAUUGUCAAUGUGAUACUUGCACUUUUAA